UCGAUUUUUCCAUCCCUAAGCGCAGCUAGCCUGGACGAAAAGCAGAUUCAACUGGGAGAUCAUGGUUUCCCAUUCGAGUGGGCAUUGGCGAAAAAGUUUAUACGAGAAUGCUGAUUACGAUGAUAACUAUACCGAUCCAAGUUUUUUGAAAGAUUUGCGGACGAACUUGAACGUGCGAGUUUUCACUUUCGAGGUAGCUUUCAAGGGUGUCACUAGGCUAAAUAAUCAAAUAUCAUGUGUUACAUUGUUUUUGUUAAUUUUUUAUCUGCUUUAUAGUGAGCAUGUGACGCCACCCAAUGUCUUGUUUACGGCUGGGUUGGCGACUUCUGUGGGAUAUAUUUUCUAUCGUGGACGCAAGCUUUUUGAUCUUCAGUUCCUUUUAGAAGACUCGAAAACGUUAUUGAGUGUAUUAAUUUUCGGUUACCUCUUUGCUCCCCUUUUACACCGUCUAACCAAUGCCAUUAGUACGGAUACAAUAUUUUCGAUGACAUUCUUCGUCCUCCUUCUAAAUCUUAUUUUCUGUGACUAUGGAUUAUCGGCGGCAAUGGUUUCUAAAGCGCUGUCAUUGAAUGCGGCCAUAUUUGCAGCUAUUUGUCUGGCUUCCCGUCUCUCUACAGCAUUUCAUGCAUUUGUGUUGCUUGUCGAGGCAGCUGUAUUUUUUGUACUUUAUCCCAUAUUUAUAUCUUUAUAUUGGCAGUGGUACUUUUUGGUGCCAAUUUUUGGCGUUUGUUGUGGUUUGCUUUAUAGCAUUUCCUUCAAUGUUUUUCUUGUUUAUGUCCUUUUUACGGGAUUUAUUAACAUAUUCUGUCCAUAUAUAUUUGUCAUACAACAGCGCUAUAAACAUAAUAUCCACGGUCCUUGGGAUGAAGCAAUUGUGGAGGAAAAUGUUGAAGGCUUCAUUGAGAAUAACUUAUAAAUAUUGCCGCCCAGCCGGACUGAAAGUCAGCUGCUCCCCAAAGGAGCAAGUAGGGAGCAGUACAAAAGCAAAGCAGAAAAAAAUAAUUUCUAUCAAUGCUCAGAAAUAAAUAUCAUUUUGAUUAGUAA